CUGAACCCCAGUAGAGAUUUAUGUCUUGCAACGCCCCUGCCAGACGCAUUUAAAUUCUCAAGACUCGCUCAGUUGUGAUCAGAUAAACCGUUCACCUGAUCCUACUAAACUUCUCUUAUAUUAAUAUCAGGCUGUAUGUGCAAGAUGCUGGAGUUAGCAGUUUUCCUCCUCGGUUUGCUGCCUAUGACAUCUGCAGGUGGUCUUGCGGAUAAAGUACUGCUGUUUCCAAAGAAAACCGAUGAGAGCUAUGUUAAAAUCAAUCCAGAAAAACCCCUGAACCUCAAAGCUUUCACUCUAUGCAUGCGUGUCGCCACAGAGCAACAAGGACAGAGAGCUAUGUGUGUCUUUUCCUACCGUAUUCCUGAUAUGAAUGAUCUUCGUGUUUGGAUUGAAAAAGACAAAACCAUAAGCUUGUAUAUUAGUCGUGCCGAUAGUAGAGUGUAUUUUAACUUGCCGCCUCUCUCCAACUUCCUGACGCACCUGUGCUUCACCUGGAGCUCAUUGACCGGUCACACUGCCGCUUGGAUGAAUGGACAACGCACUAUUUACCAGAAAUACGGAAUAGGUUGCUCCGUGCGUCCCGGUGGCGCUGUGGUGCUCGGUCAGAAUCCUAAUGAACUUCUGGGUGGUUUUAAUGCGGAGCAGAGCUUUGUAGGUGAAAUUACAGAUGUGAACCUGUGGGAUGAAGUUCUCACUGCGAAAGAGAUUAAGGGGGUUUAUGCAAAUACAGCAACAGUAAAAGUGCCAAAUGUAAUUAAUUGGCGCACAGCUGAAUAUGACAAACAGGGCAAUGUGGACAUGAUAAAGGAGGAUUUCUGAUUCCACACACAGAUGUUUUUCUAUUGAUCUGUUUUAUCAUAUAUACAGUCAUAUGAAUUAACAAAUAAAUCUUUCUGAGCAUUAA